GCAGAGGCGAAUUGAAUCAAGGCGGCUGAAACCGGCCAUCACUUUCUCAAGUCUCCAAAGCCUCUGGGAAGAAAGUUUGUGGAGUGAUUGUGUCCCGGUAAUUCUGCCGGACUGUUUCUCGCCAGAGUCCGCGGGGAAGAUGUUUCACGCAAGUCCUGAGAAUUUGCUGAGAGGUGCCUUGAUAUUGUGGCUGACAUCGUUAUCGUCUUCUUACUCUUACUUUACCAUUUCAGAACAAGAUGAAAGCAGAGAGAUAUGCCCUGACAACAAAAUAAUCACAUCUGAGUAUCCAUGCCUGAAGACCAGCGGAGAAGUGGCGACCUGUUUCAGAAAGAAAUGCUGUCGAGGUUAUAAAUUUGUCCUUGGCCAGUGUAUCCCAGAAGAUUAUGAUGUUUGUUCAGGAGCUCCUUGUGAACAACAGUGCACUGAUAAUUUUGGCAGAGUGCUGUGCACAUGUUACCCUGGAUAUUACUUCGACCGUAUGAGGCACAAGAAUAGAGAGAAACCUUAUUGUCUAGAUAUUGAUGAAUGUACCAAAAGCAAUGGAAGUGUAUGUUCUCAUAUCUGCCUCAACACUCCAGGGAGUUACCGAUGCCUGUGCAAGGAAGGUUUCUAUCUCAAAGAGGAUGGGAAGACAUGCAACAUAAUUGAAAGUGCUGGCCAGUACCUGAAGUCCGAUACCGUGAUGGAAGCUGAUACCUGUUCCACGACCUGUGAGGAGUUCCAGCAGAUAAAGCAAACAGUUCUACAGCUAAAGCAAAAGAUUACUUCACUGCCCAACAAUGUUGAUGAUAUUAGUAAACAAAAAUCAAACAGCCAGAAGUUAUUUUCUUCCAACAGUUACAAUUCUGGAUUCGUUGGGCUUCCUGGGCCUUCGGGACCAGCAGGUCUCCCUGGUCCCAAAGGAAGCAACGGCCCAAAGGGACAACAGGGACCGCCUGGACCCCCAGGACCCAGAGGACCCAUGGGACCAAUGGGCCCAUCUCCUGACAUAUCUCAUAUUAAACAGGGAAGAAGAGGCCCAGUGGGUCCACCGGGAGCGUCUGGAAGAGAUGGUGCCAAGGGUGAAAGAGGUGCACCGGGACCAAGGGGAUCCCCUGGUCCGCCAGGCUCCUUCGAUUUUUUGCUGCUGAUGUUGGCAGACAUUAGAAAUGACAUUGCAGAGCUCCAGUUGAAGGCUUUCGGCCGUGGAAAUGGCGCCACUGCAGAGGACCCGCUGAGUCACGAGAUUUCUGAUUGGGGAUCAGGUGAAGACCACAGACAUAGAGGCCCGUCACAAGAAUUCCCAAAGAGACCAACUGCAUGGAAGUGAAACGGCUUUCGAAGCCGCUAAACAGUUCUCUUCCAUUGGAACCAGACUGAAGGGAUUGAAUCAGUGAGGAUGUAAUAAAUUUCGCUAUGCUGUUGUAGAAUUUUAUUUCAAAAUCAGUAUCAGAGAACUACUUUUAUCGAGAGUAAUAAAUUGAGAUGAGGUCUAGAGUUUUGAUGUAGUUCAAUUGUAUAACAGACCAGACUGACAAAUUCUGAGCAAAUAUUUUGUCACAUUUAACAUUUCGGAUCUAUGAGAAAGAAAUGUGCACAAUCUUCCCUAAUACGGGCAAUUGCCGUAUCUUGCUUCUAUCGCAAAACUUUACUCACAUUUUUAGUUUUGUUCAUGAUCUCUGUAUUUAGGAAUUACUAGUUCUUUUAUAAAUUUUAUCAGGUUAUUCAGCAGACCUGAAAUUAGAAGGUAGGUUAAGCAUGAACAAGAGCCCAGAACAUUGAAUAGUACCGUACUGAACAAGCCAGUUGUCCAUGAUGUGCCAAUCUUGAUGGUAAUUUAUACUGAGUUUCCUCCUCCUGUUUCUCAUUGAUAUACCCUGCCACCUUAUUCCCUUUGUAUCCAUGUGUCUAUCUAAGAGCCUCUUAAACCCUACUGAACUGCCUUUUUCCAUUACUACUCCUGGUAACCCAUUACAGUCACCUAUCACUCUUUGCAUAAAAAUCUUGUCCCUCAUGUCAUUUUUUAAAUCUCCUCUGUCUAACCAUAAAAGCAUGUUUUCUAGUGUUUUGACAUUCCUACACUGGGAACAGAUUCUGACUAGCUACCCUAUCCAUACCUAUAAUAAUGUUAAAAACCUCUAUCAGGUCUCCCCUCAGCCUCCGACACUCUAAGAAGAAUAACCCAAGUUUGUCCGAUCUGUUUUUAGAGCUCACACCUUCUAAUCCAGGCAACAUCCUGGUGAAGGCACAUGUUCCUUAUAACUUCUUUACCAACUUAUCCAGUGUGGUGAGUUGGAGGUGCAUCUCUACCAGAGGAGCCUGUAGGUCACUCAUGGGCAAGGUGUAGCACCUGCUUAGCCUCCUGCUCAGGGUCACGUGACACCAUGGGAGCAGGUGGUGGAUGAUCGUAUGAGCAGCCGGUGUACGUCACAAUCCUGCUUAAGUGACCGUUGGCACUAGGCAGACAGUCUUUGAAGAGUAUUGAUAAUGACUGGGCUCAUCUGUUUUGUAAAGACACUGCCCACACGAAGGCAAUGGCAAACAUCUUCUGUAGAAAAAAUUGCCAAGAAUGAUCAUACACAAUGAUGAUAAUGAUGACCACCUUAUCCACUUUGAUAGCCACUUGCAGUGAAUGAUGGACCUGGACCUCAAGAUCCUUCUGUACCUCAAUGCUCACAAGGGAUCUACAAUUGACUGUAUCAUUUCUCCUUCCUUUUGACCUCUCCAAAUGCACCUCCUCACACUUGCCCAAAUUAAAAGACCAUAUGCAACUUCUCUGCCUAUGUGUGUAACAGAUCCAUAUCCACCUUAUAAUUUAAUAGUUCUUCACUCCAUCCUCAACUCCUCUACUCUCGGGGACAUCAGCAAACUUGAUAAUCCACCCAUCUACUCUUCUAUCAAAAUCAUUGAUAUAUCACAAAAUACAGAGAUCCCAGCACCGAUCUUUGUGGAACACCAUUGGUCACGGACCUCCAGCUAGAAUAACAGCCUUUCACCCCUACUGUCUAUCUUCUUUGGGCAAACCAGUUCCAAACCCAAACUUGCAGUCCUCUGCAUCUUUAUCUUCCAAAGCAACUGACAACAAGGAACUUUGUCAAAUGCCUAACUGAAGUCCAUAUUUGUGAAUAAUGGCCACUACCUUACCCUGAUCAAGCUCCUCAACACACUCAAUCAAAUUUGCCCCCACAUGAAGCCGUGCUGACCGCCUCUAAAUAGGCCUUGUCCUUCUAAACAUUCACAAAUCCUAACCCUCAGUAUCCUCUCCAAUAGCUUUCCUACCAUUGUCAUGAGACUCGCUGGCCUAUAAUUACCUUGAUUGUCCCUAUUUCCCUUCUUGAACAAAGGUCCAACAUCUGCUGCUCUCCAGUGCUCUGGGACCUCAGCUGUUGCUAGUGAAGACACAAAGAUUCUUGUCAAAGCCCUAGCAACUUGCUUUCUUCAAUAUUUAGGGAUUGAUGCCUUCAGUCUCUGGGGUAUUAUCUACUAUAAUGCUUUUCAAAAGACCCAUUACUGUCUCCUCCUCUAUAUUGAAAUGUGCCAGCAUAUUGGCAUGCCCCACUCUGUUGUCACUCUCCACCAACUCCUUCUCCUUGGUAAUAAUGACACAAAGUACUCAUUUAGCAUUUUGCCCUGACUCCAAGGACAAAUUCCCUCCUUUAUGUGCACAUGAGUAGACUGACCCUCUCCUUAAUUAUCUUCUUUUUCUUAAUAUAAGUAUAAAAUGCAUUGGGAUUACUGUUGACCCUGCUUGCCAAGGACAUUGCAUGGUGUAUUUUGGCAAUUUCCCAAUCACCUAUGAGAGCACUUUCCUCCUAUCUUUAUAUUCCACAAGAGCCCAUUCUGAUUUUAGCUUCCUAAACUUUUUUAAAGUUCAGAGUAAAUGUAUUAUCCAAGUAUAUAUGUGUCACCACGUACAACCCUGAGAUUCAUUUUCUUACAACAUUCACAGUAAGAAAAACAAAAGAAUCAAUGAAAAACUGCUCACAAAGGUGGACAAAUUAUGAACGUACAGAAGAUCAUCCUGAUUAAAUUUAAUAUCUCUUGAGUUAUUCAGGGUUCCCUUACCUUGCCCUCAUUAUCCUUAGCCUUCCUGGAACAAACCAGUCCUGCACUCUGCUCAAAUAACUCCCAUACGUCAGACGUGCACUUGUCCAACAGUGUCAUCUGACGCCAAUGUCUAAUUUGAAUGAAGUUUUUCUGUAAGUUUAAUUUCUUUCAUAAUAAUAAUUCUGCUGUGUUCCAAGCAUUUUCUUUAAUUCCAGUUUCCAUGUCUCAGGCAGUGUACAAAAUUAAUGGCAGGAUUCUUAGCAGUGUGGAGGAACAAAGGGAUCUUGGAGCCCAUGUACAUACAUAGAUCCCUCAAAGUUGCCACGCAUGUUAACAGGGUUAUUAACAAGGCAAAUGGUGUAUUGGCCUUCAUCAGUCAGGACCUUGAGUUCAAGAGCUGCGAGGUACUGUUUCCGCUCUAUAAAACCCUAGUUAGAGCAUGCUUGGAGUAUUGUGCUCAGUUCUGGUCACCUCAUUAUAAGAAGGAUGUGGAAGCUUUCGAGAUGGUGCAGAAGAGAUUUAACAGGAUGCUUCCUGGAGUAGAGAACAUGUCUUAUAAUGAUAGGUUGAGUGAGCUGGGGCUUUUCACCUUGGAGUAAAGGAGGAUGAGGGGCAAAUUGAUAGAGAUGUACAAGAUGAUAAAAGACAUAGAUAGAGUGAACAUUUGAGCCUUUCCAAGGGCGGCAAUGACUAAUAUGAGAGGGCAUAAUUUUAAGGUGAUUGGAGGAGACAUCAGAGGUGGGUUAUUUAAACAGAGUGGGUUGUGCGUGGAAUACCCUGCCAGAGGUAGCGACAGAGGCAGAUACAUUACAAACAUUUAAGAGACUCUUAGAUAAGCACAAGUAUGAUAGAAAAAUGGAGGGCUAUAUAGGAGGAAAGGGUUAUAUUAAUCUUGGAGUAGGCUUGAAUUUCUUGAGUUCUAUUUGAAGUAAUUUUCAGAUGAGGACAGACAAAGUCAGACUGCACCUUUUGUUGCAGCUUGGCCUGAUGGGAGUAAUUAUUGUUUCUCCACCUCAGGCCUUUACCCUCUUCUUUUCCGGGGGUUGGUCUUAUCUUCUCCAUAAUUCCCUGGGGCUAUUAUACAUUAGUAAACAUUACUGACCAUUGUAUCAUCUAGAAGGUUAGGGCAUUUAUAUUAAACGUCUGAAAAUAUUGCUAUUUAGUAUACUAACGAAUGCUUUCCACUUUCGCACCCAAAAUCAGAGCAGACCUGAUAGGCCCAAUAGCCUAAUUCUGUUCCUAUGCCUUACUGUCUGAGCACCACAUGCUUUACACUCAAACUUUCACCCAAUUCAUCAAUCCAGUUGAAUAGCCUGUCAUCUGCCAUGUGGGCCUACAUUCUGUGACAUGAGAAUGGCCCCAUUUCUGUGUUGUUAAUCCGUUAGACUUUUGAGACUUGGUAACCAGGCUUUAUAAUGCAAUGAAUCCAAAAUCUAUUAUGAUCUAAAGUCUAGUGUUUUCCCACAGUCAAACUUUCCAAAGGGAUGGUUGGACCACAGAGCUUAAAUGACAAAGUUGGGUUAUAUAUAUAUAACAGGACACUGUUCCUGUCAGUUUGAACAACCGAUACGAUUGAGUUUUAGAGGAGCAGGUGAAAUAGAAAAGAAACUACUUAAGCUCCUUAGCAUGCUGAGGCCAAAGCACAGCUUUGAAAUAGUGGAGUAACACAUACAUACUGCUAGAGGAACUCAGCAGGUCAGGCAGCAUCUAUGGAAAAGAAUAAAGAGUUGACAUUUUAGGCCAAGACCCUUCAUCAGGAAAGAUGAAGAAGAGGGAAGAAGCCAGAAUGAGAAGGUGGGAGGAGGGGAAGGUGUAUCAAUCUAGAAGGUGAUAGGUGAAGCCAUGUGAGGGGGGACGAAAUAAUGGAGUCACCUCUUUCAGAAUAUAAAAAACAACUUGAUGUGCAGUGUCUGUUAGAAAAUGAAAACUCUCCUCAUAAUUAACAAUGGUCAAAUUUGAAUCUGAGAAAGGUUCUUGUUAACUAAUGGCAUGAAGGGAUAGAAUUAAAAUAUGCCUAUGGAAUUAGGGAAUGGAUCAUUUGUGAUCCUGGAUUCUUGGGAAAUGGAUGUAAGUGACUAAGUCUCCUCAUGACUUUAUUCUUUUCCAUAGAUGCUGCCUGGCCAGCUGAAUUUCUAACACAUUUCGUGUGUGUUGCUUGGAUUUCCAGCAUCCGCAGAUUUUCUCUUGUUUGAAAUAUCCUCAUACUCCCGUUUCCUAUGCUCCCUCCCUUGGCUGCUAAUCUUCUAAACCAGGGGUUCCCACCCUUUUUCAUGGCAUGGACCAAUACCAUGGACCCAUGGGCCCUAGGUUGGGAACCCCUGUUCUAGGACGUCCAGUAUGUUUGUUAUGUAUGGUACUUGCAUAUUGUUAACUGACCGCUGGAUGGCAAUGUCAGAAGCAAACAGAAGAAUACAUAUUAAUUAUGUCUGUUAUGAGAAUUUUUCUAUAAGGUUUGGAAAUAAAAGAGGACUUGGUUAUU